AUGCGCGGCGUGUCUAUAUCGCUGGCUGCCUUGGUCACCUCAUGGCCCUCAGGGGUCUGGUCCUCUUCUCUGGCCGAUUUCGCAUUGGAGAAAGUGCUUGAUGAUGCUUCGCCUAUUUUUGGCUCCUACAUCAAGCAAACCAACCGAAAAACAGAAUGGAUGAAGAACUACUCUGACGAAACUCUGCUCGUUCAUAUGAACAUACCUGGUACCCACGACAGCACAACGUGGAACUACACUCAAGCCACACAGGAUGCCACGCGCGGCCUCACCGACCUCAAUCAAGUGACAGUGCCAGUCCCAGAGACGUUUCGUUGCCAGGAGUUGCCUUUGAUCCAUAUGCUCAAUAUGGGGAUUCGGGCAUUUGACCUCCGUUACGCAUUCGACCCCACAAACACCACGAUCAUUUUCUAUCAUUCCCAGGCGCUUCUGUCUGAAAUUGCAACUCUUAAUGACGUGCUGUUUGGCUUCUACCAGUGGCUCGAUGAUCAUCCCUCCGAGACCCUAUUUUUGUCUCUCCAAUAUGAAGGCUCUACCGCGAAAUAUGCAUCCAAUGAUGCCGCACUUCAGCUGCAGCUUUACGACACCUUGACCUCCCCUGUUGCUCGACACUAUUUCGUGCAAACCAAAGACCAACUGGGAACCCUGGGCCAAGCCCGUGGCAAACUCACCUUGAUGCGCCGCUUUGAUCUGGACCAAUUGCCGUCAUCCUACACAGAUGCAUUGCCUGGACUCCACUUCUCCCCCAGUCUGUGGACGGACAAUAGCCCAGACAUUGUCUUGACCUACAACACGAAGGAGAACUUAACAGCUUAUAUUGAGGACUACUACCAACCGCUAACACCCAUUGGCUCAAAUGCCACUGAGAAUAUUCAAUGGAAAUACAAUGCCACCACGGAGAACAUCCUCAAGGCAACAAACGAGCACUCUGACAGCCUUUUCUGGACCUGGGCCUCCAGCACAAACACGGACAAUGUGCCGCCGGAGUGGCCUCGUAUCAUGGCUCUGGGUAAUGGCAGCUUGACCCCUACGGGUGGAGUCAAUGACCUUCUUGUUUCCUUCCUCAACCAACAGAAUGGCAAGCGUGUCGGCAUUGUGAUGUUUGACUUCUAUGAUCAACCAUCCAGCCUCAUCGACACAUUCUUGAGCUUGUAG